CUUGAGCCCCCGCACCCCAGGACUGAGCAACGGGGCGCCACCGCCGCCUCCAGAGCACCAUCUGCCGGGGGACAAAGCCACAUCGUUCAGUGACAUCUUCAACUGAGACGGAGCGCGUGACACGGCUCAAGAAAACCUUCUCGUUACCUUAAGACAUGAAUGGAGGCCCAGCAUUCUGUACACGCCAGUAGAGUGUCCGAUAUGUAAACGCCGGUUCUUCAAUAAGUACUCGGCCAAAAGACACAUGAUUCAGGCGCACGGGGAGAACCGCUUUCACACCCGCCCGUACGCCCGCGCGGACCCCAACUCUACCUCUACCUUCAGUGCUGCCCUUCAGGCCAUGGGCGUGGCAGCUGUGUCAGUCGACGCCAUGAAGCCCGCAGCCCUCGGGAAGGUGCACGGCUAUAGCGGCGGGAGUGGCGGCGGCGCGGGCGGUGGCCAGGAUGGCUGGCUGUACCCGUCGUCUCCGCCCGUAAAGCUGCAGCAGCACCAGGGAAGCUGCGACGGGGCGUACCCUCAGCUACUGGCAGGAGGUCGUGGCGGCGGCCCCUCUCCGCCCCGCCAGAACACACAUGAUCCCUCAGGAACGUUAUCAAUAUCCGGGCUUCCCACAACCCCGCGCCUCGGCACCGCUCACGACCCCCCGCCUGCAGCCGCCGCCUCGCUAUCGGGGAUGCAGGCGCAUCAUCUAAAGUCCCCAACGGCCUCGCAGGGCGUGACGGCGCUCACCACGUCUCCCCACAAUCAUGCCCCACCCCAACCCUCCGCGCCCAAACCUCUCGGACCCCCGGCUCGGCGCACCCCAGCCAAGGGCAUCAUGGCACCGGAGAGGCGAGCCCCAUGA